UAUUGACCCUUAACAACUACACUUGCUGCGUAGUGUUCACUUAAGAAGCUGUAAUAAGAUCGUCUCGGACAAAUUGGAAAAUGUCGGCACAGGUGAGCGUGCAAGUCGACCCUCCAGGUGCCAGAUAUGUCAUGGACGUUGUGCUCCAACGUCAGAGGGAAAUUAUGGCCAAAAAUUAUGUUGCCACACAAGUUAGUGAACAUCUACAGCGUAAACUUGUGAAUUCUUCAUCGUUCCUCAGUGAAGCGCAGUUUCACUUGGUUGGCAGUGCAGCAGAGAGUCUUGUAACUUCCUUCAAGGAUGACCAGGAUCUUCUCCUGAUACUUGGCCCUCCUUAUACUCCAGAGUACUUUAAGUUAUCUGUGCAUGAAGCCCACGGAAGGUAUUUUUUAAUGUGGAAUAAGAAGACAUGGAACGGAGCCAAGCCACGUUAUGUUAAUGAGAAGGGAUAUCUUUCAACAUACUCUCUUCGAAGUCAUGUUAAUUCCUGCGUGCGUUCAGCACUAGAGGGAGCGACAGUAUCAGAGUUGAAGGUAGACAGAGUGUUUACCUGGAAACAGACCAUUCGAGCCUGUUUGAGUGACCACACCAGCAGUGCCACAUACAUCGUCGAUGUCAUUCCACAGAUCAAGGGUGACAAGUGGAGCAAGAUAGAUGGAGUGGUGUCGUUUGGAAGUUUAGAACCUGAAUUACAGAAGACCGUCACUGAUCUGGAAACUUCAGAACACUCUGCAGUGCUCUACUCUCUCUUUGGGCCGCCUAACACCUCACUUCUCACUCUCACUACCAACUAUUCAUUAUUAGAGAGAGACUUUUUUAUUAAAAAUAAAGAACUGCGCGAGAUUGUAAUUUUGGCAAAGCUGAUCCUUGCUGGCCACAACUGGAAGAAUAAGCAUGGCCUCAAGACAGCCCACCUGAAGCGCGUUGCUCUGGGAAACAUCACAUCUCUCGCCAGUCUCUCCCCAUGGCAAGGUAUGCAGAAGCUCUUCCAGCUGAUGGUGUCGCAGCUACAGACCGGCUACCUGGACGGCUUCCCGGACCUCCACUGUGACCUCUUCUGGCAUAAAAAUGAAGAAGAGUGCCAAUAUAUAGCCAAAACAAUUGCAAAUGUGAUGAUGACCCUUGACCCAAAAUUUCUUGCAAAUUAUUUAUAAGUACUCUACAGGUAAACUAUAAAAUUAACAUUGUACAAUAAUAUAGUAUACAGAAAUCUUUGAGUUAUGUCUUGAUAUUAUGUUUUUAAGAGGAUAUUUUUCAGUUAUUUACAAUAACUGAAAAGUAUCCUCUAAAUGUUAAUAUGAAGUUAUUUUUGUAUUGUUUCAAGGUAGACUGCAUGUCUUGAUAAAUUAUUAUUACAAUCAAAACUUAAGUGUUAAACUCACAAGGAUUGUAGAGAGCUGAUGUGUUGACAAAACUUCCCCUUGAGGGAGGUUCCUCGAUGGUGGCGAGCUCCUCUUCAUCUUAAGACUUGUCCUCCCCUUCCUUAGAUCAAACUUUAUUGCUUUUAAUUCCCCCAGACACUGUAUAACCCCUAUGGGUUUAGAUCUUUUCCAUGAAUAUAUUAAAAAUACAAGUAUAAAAUUGUACGAGAUUAUUAUAUUUAUGGGAAUUGGUAAACCUGUUAAGGUCAUACAGCAACUGGUGAAUGACAGAUCAAAGUUUGAUCCAUGGAACAGAAGAGUAGCAUCAUUUUCUUGAAUUAAGGAAUCUUCACCAGCAUCAAUGUAGCCAAUUUGAAAGUUUUCCAUAUCAUAGGUAAAGCAUCUAACUCAAACAUGCAUAAGAAUUACUAUUAUUAUAUUCAAAACUAAAUGCUAAACCCACAAGGGUCAUACAGCACUAACAAGAACUAUUGAGUUGAGUUUUGUGUGUGUUAAUUUUAGCUCCAGAGGUAAGUACCAUAAGUUACUUUCUUACAAGUCUUAAUUUAGUCAACUUUUGUUCUAUACAGAAUAAGAAAAGUCUGUGAUAUUCUCAUGAUUAAUAUGAUUAGUAAUAGAUUAAUAGUUAACCAGAUUUAUUUCUUAAUGAACAUCAAUUUUGUAUUCUAAUUAAUGAAUUUAUGAUACCUCCAUUUGAUACAUUUUGUAUAAUAGAUGUAUUAUAUUUAUGAUGGAGCAUCAGUGCCAUGAACACUUGUGAGUGGUAGCAGGAAUACCAAGUGUUAACCCAGACAGGAGACUAGAGGUGAUCGGUUUAUUUUGAUCUUAGUCUGAGAUCCUCAUCAACUAUAAGUACAGAGAAUAAAAAGGCUACAAGUUUUUUGUAAUGAUGAGUAGAACAGGUGGAUGCUAGUCUUUGUUGUAGGGGAGGUCCCAGGGGUUUAAUAUAAGGCAUCUUGUUGAGGGACACGUCGAGUACAGUAUUUGGUGUGUUUCUGCUAAGUUAGGUGCUGGGAUGUACUUGGUCAAUAUGAAUUUGGUAAUUAUCUAGUUAGAGUUGUCUUUUAAAGUUGUGUAUUUGAUGUAUGUCUGCUGCUUCCAAUGUUUUCUUUUUGUGUAAACUUGGCACCUUCCCAGUUUAUUGUGUGGCUACACUUGUUGGAAAAUGGCAAAGUUUUCCUGUACAUAUUAAACUUUAUUAUGUUCAGUGAUUCUAGAUGUAAGAUCACACAGUUUUUGUUUGAUAUUUAGUAACUAACAGGUCUCUUGAGAAGCAAUUAUUUUAUUAGGAUAGGUCGCUUCUGUGAUGCUUUUGUUGUUUUCUCAAUCUCCGAUGAAACGAUUAAUCUGUUGGAGCAUUUGUCACUUGUUCUGUUUGAGCUUUGAAUUGUUUUUGCAAGUCUCAAUGGGGUAAACUACUCUGGGUAUCUGAGUUUGGGAAAUUGUUCCCAGGUAGUGUUUUAUUUUCUGAUCCAGAAGGGAGGGGUUGGAAACUGUUGGCGCCCAUAAUCUUUUGUUUUAAGAGAUUUUUUUUCUUGAUUUUUAGUAACUAUUCAUCCAAAAUUAAGAAAAGCACCAUCUCUAUAUUUAAUAUUUCUUGACGGGUACUGAGAAUCUGCAACUCAUCCCUUUUAGAUCAGGAUAAAAGCCGCUACCUGGGAGCAGUUUGCCAAACUUAGAUACCGAGUGAUUUAUCCAAGUUACAAAAGCAAACCAAAACUACUAUACUGUUCAAACAAAAUAUAUGACAAACAGGCCACCAAAUAAACUAAUAAUUCUGGUCCACACAGGUAUUGAAAAAAGCUACAAAAUGCAUCAUAGCAGUGACCUAUCAAAAAUAAAAUAGUUUAUUUGUAAGCAGUCACAAGACACAGCCAAGACUGAACCUCCUGCAAUAAACCAAAUACAUUGCAACACUUGUGAGUUAGUUGACAUGGAAGACAAGGGUUGUGGUCUCACAUCUAGUCAUGGAACAUAAGUGAUCAGUUAGAUAUGUACAGGAGAGCUUUGCUAUCUUCCAACAUGUGAAAUCUUGUAGCCAUACAAACUGGAAAGCUGCUAAGAUAACACAAAAUAAAAGACACUGGAAGCAGCAGUUAUAGAUCAAACACAACUUAAAAGGGCAACUCUAACCAGACGUAAUUACCAAUUUCACAUAAGAGUAAAUACAUACCAUGGCAUAAUUCAGCAGAAACACACCAAGCAAUGUACUUAGACAUGUCCCUCAACAAGAUGUCAUACACUCAAGCCCCGAGGCCCCUCAUCUAUAACUAGGACUAAUAUUCACUUGUUCCUCUACUCACCACUAUAUAAAUCUGUAAUCAUCUUAUUUCUGUACUUUGUCAGACCAAGAUCGAAAUAUACAGAUCGACUAAUCUCCUGUCUUUCUACGUGUGGGAUUCCUGCUGGCAUGAGGGUCAUGCAGUACCAUGUUGGUGCUAGCAGCAGCAGCAGCUUCUAAUUUAGUUCUUUGAUAAAUAAGAGGUGUAAUACUUGGGCUAUUUUUAUGUGCUAAGACAGUGGAAGAAGUGGAGAGGUAAUUUUGAAGUGUUCAGUCAGUUAAACAGGCAUGAGGACAGACUUGCAUAGAAGGCAGGUGUAACAGUUUGGUAUGACCUACUUCCCACUAGUGAGCCCCCACCCACUUGUGACAUCUCUAGCUGCUGCAUGUUGCUGCUAGCUCCAGUCAGUAAGUCUGUAAUUGUAUCUCUGUUUGUGCUCGAGGACUGAGCACUUUCCAUCAAGGCUGAGGGACUGAACAUUUCAAAAUUAGCUUGACAUUUCUACCACUGUCUCCAGUAUUAGAUCACCUCUUCAUUCAAAUGAAGAGGCCUGAUGAGCAGCUGAAACAUUUCAACAAAUAAAGAUACCUAAAUGUUUCUUAACUUAUAGGCACUGAACAUCAUAACAGUUAUUUUUGUUUCAAGUUGUAUUUUAAUCAAAUAUAAACUGGAAGCCAUAUCUA